AUGUCAUACCGGGGAUCCUCUUCCAAUCGCCGGGAGGAGUCCCCUUCUCGUCCCUCUCAGGGAUCCUCCUCUCGUCCUUCUCAGGGACCCCCUUCUCGUUCUAGUCAGACACCGAUUUCUGGCUUUUUCAAAAACCUCACUUCUCGCGGUCAACAAGCAGAGCCCUCUCAGGGACCCUCUUCUCGUCCUCAGGGAUCGUCUUCCCAUCCCUCCCAAGGAACCCCCUCUCGUCCUUCUAGAGGAUCCUCCUCUCGCCCCUCUCAAGGACCUCCUUCCGGACCUAGUCAGACAUCAAUUUCUGGCUUUUUCAAAAACCUCACUUCUCGCGAUCAGCAAGCAGAGCCCUCUCAAGGACCCUCUUCCCGCACUUCUCAGGGACCCUCAUCUCUUCCUAGUCAGACGUCAAUUUCUGGUUAUUUCCAAACCGCCACUUCUCGUCCCCAUGAGCCCCCCAGUCCCCUUCAAGGCUUUAACUCCCAAGGGUCCCCUUCACGUCGAGAGGAGUCACCUUCUCGUCCUUCUCGUCGCCAAGAGUCACCAUAUCGUCGCCUAGAGUCGCCUUCUCGUCCUCGUCACGAGUCCGCUCCUCGUCCCACCGAAAUCCCUUCUCAUCUUGACGAGACCCCUGCCGAUAUCCCACCCGACGUGGUAAAUGGCUGGGCAUGUGUAGUCACACAAGACUGGGACCCGAGAGAUCAUACCCUUCCACAGGGCCUAGUCCCUGGCCUGAAGGUAAUAAAAGGCGACGAAGUCUGGGUCUUUCGCACAAACCAACGCUACGGCCUCGUCCAUCGCCCACACGGCGCAACGUAUUUGCGAGGCUGGGUAACCGUUGAUGUUCUCCAAAAGGGUGUCGAACGCGUUGAUCCUCUUCCAAUCGAGCUCCCCCAGGUUAGUAACAUCGGCCAAGGUCAGACCGGAACAAGUCAGAACGCCUCUCGCCCUCAAGAUGUGCUUCACGCAACACUUCGCGAUCUCUGGCAGAGUAUCAAACGCAACGAAAACGCGCUCAACGAGGCCCUUUCCGGAAUGUCAGAAAACAGCAGGAAUAUUUUCUUUCAUGACAGAGCCUCUGAGUACGGUGACAUCGUCAAUAAGUGCAUUACAAAGGAAGCCCGUCAAAUCAUGGGGAACGGCAAAUUCAAGAUUGAUCACCUGAAGAAAUUGAAACCGGUCUCUUCUAAAUGGCCUAAGGAGGCUGGAAUUUAUGUCAUCAUUUACAAUGACUUCGGCGGCCGAAAAAUACAGGACACUUUACACGACACUGCCUUCUACGUCGGUCAAACCAUCGACUUCAAUGCGCGCAAGUCAAAUCACCAACAGAACGCCAGGAAUGGUAAGAAGACGGUUCAUUAUCGUCUCGCCUUAAAAGCCAAGAGUAUGAUAAUGGUGCCAAUUGUGGUACAGACCACUUCUGACGUUCCGGCCAAUUUUCUUGACAUCGCCGAGUUCUCUAUGGUUUGCCUCCUCAAGAGCUGGUAUACAGUCUUAUUCUCCCCUGCCGGCCCCAGCGUUGUUGGGUCAUACAGCGAUGACUUUACUGCCUGCCUAACGUUUAGCCGCAUGAUGCGUCAAAUUCGCUCUAGGACCAAUUGGGAACCCAGCGAAAGCUAUGGGUUAAACUGGCAAACGCCUGUGUUUAAACACCCUAAGGCCGAAGAGUCAUGGACGUCAUGGUACAAUCCAACCAAACAGGUGUAUGUUUAUCGUACUCGUCGAGCCCUCCGGAUCGCCAAGGAUAAUAUAGCUAUCAGCUGGGGCACAAACAUAAGGGUUCAAAUUCCCAACAAAGUUAGCGAUGAUGCAGGCCUCCGACAUAUACAAGCAGUUCACCUUGUGGUAGAGGUUGCCAAGAACAAGGACGGUGAGUAUCUGACUCAUCCUCUGCGUUUGGUUCGGUUCCCUCCUAAGAUUGGCCGGAACUCGGAGCUUGAGAAGCUUAGAUCUCUUGCUGUCAUGAUCCAAUGGCUUCCUGAAGGGGGGACUGAAUGGAAGCAGUACUAUCUGGAGCGGCGAUCCCUCUGGGAGCCUAUCAGCAAAACAAACCCUGCAUUGUAUAUCUAUCGCCUUGGGAUGGGUAUUCUAUGUGAUGUCGAAAAGGUCACAUAUACCAAUAGCCCUAGCUGGUUAUUCCCAACGGUGCCAUCAAAGGUCAAUUUUCUGCGUUACGAUCAUCUUCAGCAAAAGAGAGUACUGGAGGUAGUUCGAUCCCAGCGUUUAAGAUGGCCCAACAACCAUACGAUGGAUCAUAACAAGGAUAGACUUCUCGAACUCUUCCCACAGCGGCAGUAUCCCCACACUCGCAUUGGGGCUCAACCUGCACAUGGGUUCUUUACACAAGGGCGGAAAUCAUGUGAUAUGUGUGUAUCUCAACGCACGACAACCAAGUGCGAUUAUGAUCCGAAUGAUCACUCGUGCCAGUGUUGCAGGGCUCUACAGCGUGUGUGUACUUGGUCUCGAACUCCGCCUGGCGAAAACAAAAACAUCACGGAUUCGUUUGUCCAUGGUCAGCCUCUCGAGGAACUUGGUAUCGCUGUGAAUGUGUCGAGAAAUGAGGGCUCACUCGUCAAGACCAUGGAAGAGCCCCCAUUUAAUCCUGAUAUCGAGAAUGAGGAACACGCCGAGUUGACAGGAGCUCAGUAG